GAAAAGAAGAUGCCCUAUGACGAGAUUGCGAGGAUUGCAGGCCUCCCGGAGGGGCAGGUCAAGCUGCUGGUGGAGAUGCAGCGAAGCCUUCAAGUGGUCUGGUACCAGUCAUUUCACAGACUGCUGGAGUACCCAGGUGGCACUGUCAGCGUCGAAGUCUCCAAGGAGGAUAAAACUUCCCUUGGUAAAGUCACCAUUGACUUGUCGGAGGUUGAAGAUGCAGAAGACAAGACCCUUCAGGUGCGGAAGGUUCUGGAAGGCCCCGGUGCAAAAGGGAGAGAAGUGGUCCUGGUCUUCGACAUCGAGCUCCAAGGGCUACAACGAUCCAAGCUGCAUCGCCGUCGCGGGCACCAGAGCUAUGCCGACCUCGGCAACACCAACCGAGGACGAGGACGAAGGACCGUCACGGCAUCGAAGAAGCCGAAGUCUGUGGAGCGAUCUGGAUCUGCAAGUAACGUGAAGUGA